GGGCUGCCAAAGUGGGUUGGACCUGCUUUUUCACUUAAAAGGCAUCUUCUCUCUUACCAUCUGUUUAUUUUUUUGCUGGAGCAAUCGUGUUGGCGAGAUGGCCGAGUACACGCUGUCGGUGACAACAGGCACCAUGCUGCAUGCCGGUACCUUCGAUAACCUCUUUGUUACUCUGGUGGGCACCGAGGGCCAGUCUGGGCGCACACAGCUAACCGGUGCCGGCUUGGGUAAUGACACUGGGAAGGUGGGGACAUUCUCAGUGACGACGGCUUUUACUUUAGGAUGCCUCCUCCUACUCAAAGUGGAGAAAGAUCCAUUCCACGAGUUCAAAGACCAGGAUUGGUUUUGUGCCACUAUCUUAGUGAGGACGCCUGAGAAGGAUGAUGUUUUCUUCCCCUGCUACAAAUGGCUGUCCAGGGGAGAACUUGUGAUGCUGAGAGGAGGCAGAGCUACAAAGGUGUUUGAAGACAUGCACCCACGACUCAAGAAGCACCGAAAAGAGGAAUUGGUCCAACAGAAACUAACAUACAAAUGGGAUGAGUAUGCUGAAGGAAUGCCCUACGUCUUCAGCAUUAAAGAUGUAAACCGGAUUCCAGCAGAAGCCAGAUACUCUUUCUCAAAGGCUGCUGAGUUUGGAUACCGACAAAACUAUGUGAAGGAAGAGCUCUCGGAAAAAGGCAUUCGGUAUUCAACAGAGCACUGGGAAAGCUUCGAGGCCAUGAUGAAGGUGUCCUGGUUCCCAAGGUCGCCCCUCUCAGAAAUGGUGCCAGAGCUGUGGAGGAACGAUGACUUUUUUGCAUACCAGUUUCUUAACGGAGUCAACGUGUACGUGAUCAGACGCUGCUCCGAGCUGCCCUCCAACUUCCCGGUCACGGAGGACAUGGUGUCACCGUUUUUGGACAAUGGAACCACUUUGACUAAAGAGAUGGAGAGGGGAAAUAUCUUCAUUGUGGACUACAAAAUCAUGGAGGGUUUGCCAACGACCAUAAUGGAUGGUAAACGUGUUCCUCUGACGGCUGCACUGUGCCUGCUUUACAUGACUCCUGAGAAGAAACUAAUUCCCAUUGCCAUUCAGCUCGGCCAGACGCCCUCAAAGGACAAUCCUAUCUUCCUUCCCAGUGAUUCUGAGGUGGACUGGCUUCUGGCGAAGCUGUACGUGAGACACGCUGACACCAUCAGCAGCCAGCUGGUCAGCCAUUUGCACAACACUCAUUUAAUAGCGGAGGUUUUCGCCAUGGCGACCCUUCGCAACUUGCCCACGAUUCACCCCCUGUACAAGCUGCUGAUACCCCACCAUCGAAAUACCCUUUAUGCUAACACAAUCGCCCGUGCUAGUCUUUACGGUCCUGGGAGAGCUCUUGAUAAUAGUGCUCUUUCCGCAGAAGGACAAGUGCAGCUAAUGAGAAGGGCACUGGCCCAGCUGACCUACCAUUCACUAUGCCCUCACAAAGACAUUGCUGCCAGAGGCCUGGAGGCUGUUCCUAAUUUUUAUUACAGAGAUGACGCUCUCAGGCUGUGGAACAUCAUUCACAGCUUUGUCAAGGCAGUAGUGUCGUAUUAUUACCCAUCGGACAGCGAGGUGUUGGCAGAUUCUGAACUCCAGGAAUGGGUGGAGGAGAUCUUCAACUAUGGAUUUCUGGGGAACAUUUCUUCAGGUUUCCCUUCAAGCUUUCAAACGGUGGAAGAGCUUAUAAAGUACGUCACUAUGGUGAUCUUCACGGCAUCGGCUCGCCAUGCUUCAGUCAACAUGGGCCAGCUGAAUUAUCUAGUGUGGAUCCCUAAUGCUCCACUGUUGCUGCAUCGGCCUCCUCCAAGCGUAAAGGGAAACGCUACCAUGGACGACUUGCUGUUGACUCUGCCCAACAAAUCCAUCGGAACCCUGUCAAUGUCUCUUGCAUGGUUCCUGGGCAAGAAGUAUGAUGACUUUGUUCCUCUAGGCCAGUAUCCUCAACAUUUUAGUGAGCCUGCCACUUUAAAGAUGAUUGAGGAUUUUCAAGCAGAGCUGUCCACCCUCAGCAACGCCAUCAUACAAAGGAACAAAGAUCUUGAUCUGCCCUAUUUGUAUUUGAACCCUAAGGAAGUAGAAAACAGUGUGACGAUAUAAAUAAAGUUAAAUA